GCAUGUGUAGCAAUCAAUGCGAUGCGAGCAGUCCAGUUCCAACACGACAGACAGAUUCUAGAAUGCUAAUUAAGUGCACACUUAAUUCUUUGUAAUGAUGUGAGUUAAAUACAACAAGACAGUAACAAUGGAGGACAAUGUGUCAACAAAAGUCACGCAGUAUGAGAAGUUUGUCAAUGAAGUCUUAAGAAAAGAUCUCCAGAAAGUCUUGGAGAGCAGGGACGACAUCUACAAGCAGUUAGCGGAUUAUCUGCAAUUGAAAACCACCGUUGAAAAACUUCAGGAUGCUGAUGUCAUUAAGGAAGGACUGAAAACUAAAAUUGACCUAGGAUGCAACUUCUAUGUACAAGCGAAUAUGUAAGUGACUACAAGGCAUGAUGGUAUGAUUUUGAACAAUGGAAGUCAAAAAUAUAAAAAAAAUGUUGAUCUCAGUAUACAGCAUCAGUGUUGAAACCACGAUGGGCGGUGUUGGGCAGGCUUGCCCAGGACUCACAAUUUUUGCCUAGCUCUAUAAUAAUAAUAAUAAGAACAACACUUACAGUGCGCCGGUAUCCACCACAAGUGAUGUUCAUUGCGCAAGGAAGAAACACAAAAAAUUAAUGAAAAGCAGCUGUGAAAACGUGGGCUUUGAGGGCCUCUUUAUGAACAGAUGUCAUGUUGCGGAUAUUAAGAGGCAGGUUAUUCCAAAGCAGGUGACCAGCAUGAGCUUAUCUCCCCAAUUGUUGUGGGUUUGGGGAACAACCGGUAUGAAGAAGUGGAUGAUCUAAGACGUCUAGAUGGAUUAUAAGGGGGUAAUUAAUUGACAAUUAUACUGAGUUGAUGAAAGAGAUCGCCCUGUUUGGUAAAUGGCUGAAACACUCACUGUAAUUUGUACAGUUAUAAGAAGGAACUAGUGAGAGAACUGUGAAACUGAGCUCCAUAAGCAACUUAUGCUAUUAGGGGAGAGGGAAGGCUUCGCCCUGUUGGGUAAAUGGCUGAAACAAUCGCUGUAAUUUGUACAGUUAUCAGAAUAUAUAGUGAGAAAACUAUGAAACUGAGCUUCAUAACAAACUUAUGCUAUUAGGGGAGAGGGAAGUGUUCGCCCUGUUGGAUAAAUGGCUGAAACAAUCGCUAUAAUUUGUACAGUACAUGGUACUGUGUCAUCAGAAGAAUCGACGAGAGAACUAUGAAACUGAGCUCUUUAAGAAACUUGUGAAUUCAGGGGUGAGUCUAGUGGAGAAAUAUCCCACCUGAGAAGAAGGUGCAGCAUUUUCAACAACACAUCCCGACACUAAGUGCGAGUGUACAGUUGUCAGAAGAGUUAAUUAGAGAAUUGUGAACCUGAGAUUCACAAGAAACUUGUGAGUUUCAGGGGAGGAGUGGAGAAGUAUCCUCCGAUAGGCAGCAGUUUCAAUGACAGAUCCUGAUGCUUGUCUCAAGAUGUUUCACUUGAAAUGGAAUGACAAUACAGUAAAGGAUAGGAUUAGAGAGCAUGAUAAUAAGAGUUAGAUCAGAUAACUAUAAAACUGAGCGUCACAAGAAACUUGUGCAUUCAGGGGAGAGUGUAAUGAUAAAGUAUCCUCCGCUAAGCAGAAGGGGCAGCAGUUUCAAUUACAAAUCCUGAUGCUUGUCUAAAGACGUUUCAAUUGAAAUGGAAUGAGUAUGACAAUACAGUAAUAAAGGAUAGGAACAGAGAGCAUGCCAAUAAGAGUUUAUAAGAGAACUAUCCUCCGAAGGGGCAGCAGUUUCAAUUACAGAUCCUGAUGCUUGUCUCAAGACGUUUCAAUUGAAAUGGAAUGAGUAUGACAAUACAGUUAUAAAGGAUAGGAACAGAGAGCAUGCAAAUAAGAGUUAAUAAGAGAACUAUGAAACUGAGCUUUUCAAGAAAUUGUGAAUUCGGGGGAGAGUGUAGUGGAAAAAAUAUCCUCGGCUGAGCAGAAUGUGCAGCAGUUUCAAUUACAGAUCCUGAUACAUGUCUCAAGACGUUUCAAUUGAAAUGGAAUAACCAUACAGAAAAAGAUAGGAACAGAGAGCAUGAUAAUAAGAGUUUGAGUAUAUAACUAUGAAACUGAGCGUCGCAAGAAACUUGUGAGUUCAGGGGAGAGUCUAGUGGGAAAAAUAGCAGUUUCAAUGACAGAUCCUGAUGCUUGUCUCAAGACUUUUAAAUGGAGACGGAAUGAGUAUGACAAUACAGUGAAUUAUAGGAUCAGAGAACAUAUUAAUAAUAAAACAUGCCCCUUCCGGGGGGG